AUGGAGUCGAUCGAGAUGGGAAAGGGAAACCAAGAGCCGAUAACAAUCCAGCCAAACAGCCAAAGGUUCAAGGCACAGAUUUCUGAUGCCGAGGCAGAGAAUUAUGGAAAAGUGGAAUAUCUUGACGGAGUCAGAAGAGUAGUAAUUCAACAAAGGCUUUCUUUGAUUGAAGCCUUCACUGAUUUUGACCGCCGCAAUAAAUAUGACAUGUGGGACGCAGACACAGGCGAAACCCUCUUCUUCGGGCAUGAAAACGAGAUCGGCAGUCGUUGUCAAGGCUAUUGUAUUCGUGGCUGCUUUGCCGGCCACCGAGAGGCUGAAAUCCCUCUCCAAAUGGCCGUCAACGAUGUAAAUGAAGCAUACGGCGGCAAGGGAAUGUAUCAUCUUUCCAAAGCGAGAGCUGUUGGCCUUCAGCCGUGUGAAUGCGAAUGUGUGGCUAGCUGCCAUCGUUGCUUUCAUGGCUGUGGCGGACUUUGCCCAAGAGACGCUUGCUGUGGCACUUGUUGGAUGGAAAAGGGACUUGCUCAUCUUUCAACAUAUUUCAAGGGAAACGAAACACACAAGAUUCAACAACGCGAUGGCGGUUGUGGCAAAGCGAGCUUUUUCAUCACUGAUGAAGUUUCCAAGCGAGUCGUUUUUGAAAUCGUCAAAGAAGAAUUCUGCACGUCAGCAAUCUGCUGCAAUGAUGUUCCUUACCCUAUUUUCGACGCCAGCGGAUCACAAGUAGGAAGCAUCACAAAAUACUGGGCUGGAGGCAAAACUGGUUGCUCUGCUUGCUGGCAAGAAGCGAACAAUGCAUCGACCCACGUGAUUUCUUUCCCACCAACUGCGUCUCAUACGGAAAAAUUGGCAAUCAUCGGACAAGCCAUUCUCAUCGACUACACUUACUACCAGCGAAAAGACGACAACAACGGUGGCCAAUAG